AUCCUUCUACCAUCACAAAAUAAACAGUCCCCUCAGAAAAUGAAAGCUUUGGCCCGUUUUGAAAGUGGGGUGGAACCUGCAAAAGUUCUUAGUAGUAUCAUUACUCUCACUCCCAUGCGGCCAUUAUCAACUUUUUCUUUUCCUUUCAUUGCUUCAAUCUUUUCAGGAGAAAGAAGGGAUUUUUAUAGCAUUCUGAGAUACAGAAAAUGAAAAACAUCAAAGUCCCAGAAUUUAGUUUCUAUUUUUGUAGUGUUUUGUUGAUUUUGUUGGUGAAUAAUGGAUGUUGUGACUGGGGCUCCUCCAUUCAUGUUGGUCACGAGAUAAGCCUUGCGGUGCCAUUGGAAUAUAGUGAUGGGUUCAUUGGGAGAGCUUUCUUGAUGGAUGAUGGUAAUGGUCAGGUGGAACCAAAUUUUAGAGUUGCAUUGAGUGCUGAAGCUAACAAAGGGGGAUAUUCAUGCUCCUUGGAAGUUUUUUUAGGGGAUGUCAAAGUAUGGAAUUCUGGACAUCACUCCCAGUUUUACACCAUGGAUACAUGCGUGCUUGAGCUUACUGAAGAUGGGGAUUUACUGUUGAAGGGUGCCGAAGAUCAAGUCGGAUGGCGGACCGGCACUUCUGGACAAGGUGUGGAGAGAUUAAGAAUCCUGAAGACAGGUAAUCUCGUACUUGUGGAUGUUUUCGACCAAAUAAAAUGGCAGAGUUUCAAUUUCCCAACUGAUGUAAUGCUUUGGGGACAAAGACUAGACCUAGCCACUCGGUUAACUUCAUAUCCAAGAAACUCAACUUCAUUCUACACAUUUGAAAUCCAACACAGCAAGCUUGCUCUUCACCUCAAUUCUGGUAAGUUGAAGUACUCUUACUGGGAAUUUAAGCCUCCCAACAACACAAAUAUCUCAUUCCUUGAAUUGGGUUCUAAAGGGUUGGUGUUAUUCAAUGAUGAACAUAGAAAAAUGGCGCAGAUUCCAUCGUGGUGGAGAUCGAUUCAGCCCCCGAGCGUGAGGUUUUUAGCACUGGGAAAUGAGACAGGGAAUUUAGGACUAUACUCUUACUCACCUAAAAAACGAAGUUUUGAAGCUUCAUUUCAAGUUCUCAACUCCAAAUGUGACUUUCCUUUAGCUUGUAAACCUUAUGGGAUAUGUACAUUCUCCAAUGCUUGCUCUUGCAUUCGGCUCGCAACUAAGGAAAAACACACGGUUUCUAAUUGCAGCGAGGGAACAUCAAGUUCAGCACAGUUUUGCAAUGGAACUCAAGUGGAGAUGCUUGAAUUAAAUGGUGUCAAUACUGUACUAAGAGAUGCUUCCACAAGGGUUAUUGUUAGCAAGACAGCAUGUGCAAAUUUGUGCUUAGAUGACUGUAAAUGUGUUGCCGCGUUAUAUUCCUCUGGAAACGGGGCUAAAAUAUUUCGAGAAUGCUCGAUUUUCAGGCUGGUUGCAGGCAUUAAACAGGUUGAAACGGGAACCGGAACGAGUUAUAUGGUUAAGGUUCCAAAAGGAGCACGAUACGAUUACAAGGAAACUAGUGUGGAAAAAUGGGUGUUGAUUGUGGUGGGAGUUGUUGAUGGUUUAGUGAUCAUCAUACUGGUUGUGGGAGGGCUUGCUUAUCAUUUGAUUCAAAAAAGAAGAAACAACUUAUAAUACGAAUUUCUCAAUGAUAAUUCCAGUUCUACAGUGUAGUUCUUUCGUGUUAACGAAGACAAGAAAAUACAAUUUUUUUUUUCGGAUUUUGUUGAUAGACAGAGUUCUCCAAUUAUACCCAAAACACUUGAGAGUUGUAUCAACUAUACCAGAACAGUGUAGAGGUGUUUAUAGGUUGAGCUGUGGCUCAGAUUUAGAUUUUAUUUGCUGAGUCUCAUGUUGAGGUGUUUACGAAUCAGACCGUACUUGUUGAGUUUUUAUACAAAGAUGUUAUGAGUUGGAUUGUAGCUACGAUUUUACUUGCGGAGUUUUAUACAGAGGUGUUCAUCGAAUAAAUUCAAGGUUCAAAAUUUCUUUUCUCUUA